AUGAAAUGAAGGACGCGGAGUCGCUGGCUCAGCAAACGAACGGCCCUGAUCGUUUGAGAGUUGGAUACGUGUACGGACACGCUGAGUGUAAUCGAGCUUCCGGAUCGUGCAGGUAUAGCCUAUAAUAUUUUUUAAAUUUCUCCUCGUGAGAAAAGAUCGAGUGCUCCUCAGACACAACAUCGCGUCUCUCGCACCCUUAUCCACUUCUCAGCGUAAUCGCCGGCUGCUCGUCGCCGAUGUAGCUUCGCCGGGAAGUUCAUCGACUUCUUUUGGACGAUCAACGGUUUGAUCCAGUCUCUGAUGGUCUUCCAUCGAUAUAUUUUAAGAGAAUUUGAGGCAAUGUGAGUAUUUGAUCUCAUAUGCGUGAUUUGGUUCCAAGCACAUUAAAGAACGUUACUUCGUGAAGGACUGUCCGAAUUGCUGCGUACUAGUUUCGUUCAGACAUAGGAGGAAUACAGGAAAGAGUCUUUCUUGAGCUUGGGAGAAUAGGAAGCAAAAGUGGAUUCGCCAUAGCAAAAUGUCUUUCCAGAACAAGGGCUUUUGGGUUGCAAAGGGCGUUGAAAAUUUGAAUGAUGGAGAUGCAGCAUUUGAUAACCCUUCGAAAAUUGAACCAAAGCGUUCUCACCAAUGGUUCAUUGAUGCUACUGAAUCAGAGCUGUUUCCCAACAAGAAGCAAGCUGUGCAAGCCUUAAACACUAAUCUAACUUCAGGAAUGCCAAAUGCAAGUGUUCCUUCCUGGGAGCAUGUUUCUGGUUUUCAGCCAGUCCCUAACCAAUUCAUGGAUCGGUUGCUUGGAUCUGAUACAACCAGGUCUGUCUAUUUCUCCGAAAGGAAUGUUUCCCCUGUUGGAACAGAUAGCUUAAAUAUUGGAAGAAAAGGGAUUGAUGAGCCAUUUGUAAAUGACUCAUCUGUUGGUUUAUCCAUAUCUCAUGCUGUAGGUAAUUCUGAAACAUCUCUCAGUUAUGGAGGAAUUAGAAAAAUUAAAGUUAAUCAGGUGAAGGACUCUGAGAACGAUGUGUAUUCACCAAAGGAACAUGUUUAUAACAGGGAAAUUUCCAGUGGCACAUCCUCAGGUCAAGCCCAUAACAGGGUGAAUGAGAGCAGUUUUAUAUCAAUUGGACAGGCCUACAGCAGUGAGGAUGACUCUGUGGCAUUAAUGGGUCAUAACUGCAGCAGGGAUGAUGCCCAGAUCAGGACAAUAAGCCCGUCCUUUGAUAAAGGAUGUCACAAUACUUUAUCAGUGGCUAACACUUACAAAGAGGAUAGCAAUAUAAUACCAUAUGAUGGUUUUCAUAUUGAAACCAGUAUCCCUUUGCCUGGGCCAGGAGGCAGCUGUGACCUCUUAUAUAAUCAAUCUUCAGUUCAAAUAUUGGAAACAGCCAGCAACAAAGAGCUCAAUGCAUCUGACGCCAAUGCAGUUAUGAGUGCUACUCUGGCUGCUAAAUCAAGACCAGAAUCUAUUUCCAAGAAUAAAUCUGAAUUUAAAAUGCCCAAGAAAGAAGCUCCAAACAGCUUUCCAUCAAAUGUCAGAAGCUUGAUAUCAACCGGCAUGCUUGAUGGUGUUCCUGUGAAGUAUGUCUCCUUGUCACGACAGGAGCUCCGUGGUAUUAUUAAAGGUUCAGGCUAUCUCUGUGGGUGUCAAUCAUGUAAUUUAUCCAAGGUGUGUCACACACCGGUUUCAACUUUGUUAAAGGUGCUGAAUGCUUAUGAGUUUGAGCGUCAUGCUGGUUGCAAAACAAAACACCCAAACAAUCAUAUAUACUUUGAGAAUGGGAAGACAAUCUAUCAGAUUGUCCAAGAAUUAAGGAGCACCCCUGAGAGCAAGUUAUUUGAUGCAAUUCAAACUGUAUUUGGUGCACCAAUCAACCAGAAAUCCUUCCGCAUUUGGAAAGAAUCAUUCCUAGCAGCUACACGUGAGCUUCAGCGUAUCUAUGGGAAGGAUGAAAUGAACCUAUGAACUUGAGUACGGUAAAAAUGAGUAUUAAUCAAAGAUGUAAUGUAGAGUAGUCUCCUCUAUGUGCAUAGAAGCAUAUAUUUAUUUUGAUAAAUAAUGUACUGGGUAUAUAAUGAUAUUUCCCAGUGGGAAACUUGCUCUUCUUUUUUUCUUUUUCCUUGUUUUUCUUUUUGAUGCACAACUAGUUGAUGAUGUAAAAUUUUGAAGUUUUUUUAGGUUGGUUAGAUGAAGACUAUUGUUGGAAAAAUAACAAUUUAAAAGAGUGACAACUCUUGGCAUACCCAAUGUAUGUAUUGAACUUCACUUUAUUGCUUUUGAGAUGAAGGUCUAUGGUGAAAGAGGUGUUGAGUUGAA